AUGAACACAAAGGAUUCCAAGCCCGGGGAGCUCCAGCCGGAUCAAGAGGUCCCCACGAUUGACAAGAACCCCAGUUCAAUCCUGGUAAACAAGAAUCCCAAGCCGGACUCGCCCAUGGCCGACGACAAGCUGCCGCAAAAGACCGGGGCUGUGGUCAUUGACAUGGGCACGGGCACCUGUAAGGUGGGUUUCGCUGGGCAGGCCCGCCCCUCCUUCACCGUGGCCACCAUCAUGGGCUGCCAGCCCAAGAAACAGGCCACCUCGGGGCAGCCAGCGGUGGAAACCUUUAUCGGCGAGGCGGCCCGCGUGCGUCCAGAGCUGACGCUGGUGCAGCCCAUCCGGAAUGGCAUCGUGGUGGACUGGGAAGCCGCCGAGCUCAUCUGGCGCCACAUGCUGGAGCACGACCUCCAAGUGGACACCCAGGAACACCCACUGCUGUUCUCUGAUCCGCCCUUCAGCCCCGCCACCAACCGCGAGAAACUGGUGGAGGUGACCUUCGAAUCGCUGCGAUCCCCCGCCAUGUACGUGGCCUCGCAGUCGGUGCUGUCGGUUUACGCGCACGGGCGCGUCAGCGGGCUGGUGGUGGACACUGGCCACGGGGUCUCCUACACGGUGCCAGUCUUCCAGGGCUACAACCUGCCGCACGCCACCGAGCGCCUGGACCUGGCGGGCCACCACCUGACCGCCUUCCUGGCCGAGAUCCUGCUGGGCUCGGGCUUCGCGCUGCAGCAGCAGGACCUGGACACGGUGGAGAACAUCAAGCACCGCUUCUGCUACGUGGCCUCGGAUUUCCAGAAGGAGCAGGCGCGGUCGGAGCAAGAGUGCCAGCAGUCCUUCAAGCUGCCCGACGGGCGCACCGUGACGUUAGGCAAGGAGCUAUUCCAGUGCCCGGAGCUGCUCUUCCACCCGCCGGAGAUCCCGGGGCUGUCGCCCGUGGGCCUCCCCACCAUGGCCAAACAGAGCCUCCACAAGGUGCCCCAGGAGGUGCGGGGCGACGUGGCCCAGAGCGUGCUGCUGUGCGGCGGUUCCUCGCUCUUCGCCGGCUUGGAGGAGCGUUUCAGGGCCGACCUGCUGCGCUCUCUGCCCCCGGAGGAGCACGUGGUGGUGACCGCCCAGGCCAACAGGAACUUCUCGGUGUGGAUGGGGGGCUCCAUCCUGGCCUCGCUGCGCGCCUUCCAGUCCUGCUGGGUCCUGCGCGAACAGUAUGAGGAGCAGGGUCCCCACAUCGUGUACCGCAAAUGCUACUGA